AUGGAAGUUCCAAUAUAUUUUAUCGCACUUGAUGAAUCAAAAGUCGAUGUUUUUGAGAAGGAUAUGAUACCAAAAAAUAUGCACCACCUACAUAAUUAUACAUUUGAACAGAGAAGACAAAAUUGGAUCAUCAAGAAUACUUCUCAUCCAGCUGAUUCAAUAAUCGAUUAUGUCUACCAUCAUUUGGAGACAAACAAAAAAUUCCGAUCUUUGGUAGAAGUUUGCAACUUCAUUGUAUAUGGGGAACUUCAUGAAACAAAGAAGAAAUUAAGCAAAAAUGAAGAAAUAGUGACACCGAGAAGUAAACUUCAUAUUCGUGGUAACAAGUUGAUUAAACAUUAUGUAGUUGGAACAUGUACUGAAUCUUGUAAGGGGGUUUACAUAAAAAAUCGGGGAGAAGUUAACUAUCUAUCUGAACAUGACAUCCCUUCUAAUAGUGAAAAAAAGAGAAAAAGAGAAAACAAAGAUUUGUAUGGAUAUCAACAGGUGAACUUGGGAAACGAUGCAACACAUGUGAACUUAGAAGAUUCUUCAUUAAGUACUCAUAUACAAUAUUUUUUUUACCUUUGGGAUUUUGAGCUCAUAAAUCUACAAGAAAGGUCAACAGAGGUGUUCCCGAUUCCGAAUAUUGACAAAUUAGAAGGAGAGGAGUCGUCUAUCGAAUUAUUGAGAGAAGAUAAAUCAAAGAAGAGAAAGCACAAGAAGAGAAACCAGGAGCAGCAAGAUAUAUUGGAAGCUCAGAGAAGGUCCAAGGUUGAUGAGGAGUUGAGGUUAGAUGAGCUAAGAGCUCGUGCUGGUGGAGCUUCUUCCAGCUCAGUCCCAAUAGAGGCAGGCCUUAUUAGUGGAUUACAUGUUGUAAUGGAGUCUCAAACUCUUACUACUACACAACCAGCUGUUGAGGGGACUCCCAAGGUCUCAUUGAGUGUGCCAGGCACCACUGGCACAACUAUUGAUGUUUCAAGAGAUACACAAGCCUAUGCAUCGUAUCCAUCUGAAGCUUAG